UCAACGAACUGGGUAAAUAAAGAUGGAUACCUUGCAGGAAGCCUCCCUACCCACCCAGUUAGCGCACCAAGGCCCUUUCGGCUUCGCGAACCUGCGGGCGAAAUACCGAGCAAAUUCCAUCUAUCGGAUUCAUUCCGUCUUUGCUACUCCGUACUAUGUACCUCGGUCUCAGGCAGACCAGGCCCCCUUUCCACUCUUUCUUUUUUUUUGUUUUACUUUUCAACAAUAAAAAUAAAACAAAAUCAUCAAGACCGCAAUGCCCGUUAUCAUCACACCAGACCCUCUGAUCACGGGGGGCGGUAAGUGCCGCGACCAGGUUGAAUCCUCGCCGUCCCAGCUACUCCGAUGCGUCUCGCCCAGCGACUCCAAAUACCCCAUUCUCCGCUCCUCCUUCACCUUCCCAGACCACGGCAACGACGCUUCACCCUCCUUCGUCGCACCCGCCAAAAACGGCCUCACCCACGCCGUCAUCCGCGCCUGGCAGCAGGACCUGCACCUCAAACUGCGGCCCGACGACGUCUGGCUGGCCAUCCUAACCCAAUUCACCUUCGCCGUCAACGCCUACGCCGACUCCCUCCGCUCUCUCUUUGUCUCCCAUCAGGGCCGGCUCCCACUCGCCCUCGACGCUAGCCCCGACAGCGUCGAAACCGUCGACGUGGGCGCCGUCGCGCGGCAGCUGGCGGCCAUGGUCCGGCAGAAGCUCAAAGACCCCGGCAUCGCUACGACCCUCCUCCCCGAGUUUACCACCACGACCUCGCACGACCGCGCCACCGCGGCCAUGGUCUUCCUCGGCACCAUGCGCGAGUACUUUAGCUACGAUAUCCACUUCGGCUGUAGCUUCCCCUCCGUGACCUUGCUAGGCGAGCGGCGCGACUGGGCCGAUAUACUCGCGCGUAUAGCCUGGCUCGCGACGGUGGUUGGCGGCCGGGAAGAGGCCGUUGCGGCGUGGGCGGCGCGGUUGGCCAAGGUGCUCGAGUACAUGGUGGCGAGCUUCGACCGGCCGGGCGACGCAGACGUGAGGCGGUUCUGGACCAGCGCGGUGCACCAGGCGGGCGGGCGCUCGUCGGGCGCCGUGACGACGCUGUCGGGGUGGCUGACGGCGUUUUGUUGGUGGAGUGCGGACGGGGAGAGGGUGAAGGAUUAUUAUAGUGAUGAUGGGGAGCUUGCUCGGGAGGGGAAGGGGAAGGAUGGGGGGUGUCAGCGGCUCGUGCUGGACGGUGUUGGGUUUCCCGUCAUUGAUAGAGAGAGGAUCCCGGCGGGCGUCGUAAGGGCCCCGCUAGCGUUGCACCACGGUCCACGGACGGAGAAGGUGGUGUUGCUGGCUGGCUCGAUGGGGAUGGAGGUGCUUAUUGAGGAAGACGAUGAAAUCGCCGUUCGACCUGCUUCGGGGUGGUGGAUGUUGGCGACUUCUUCUUAGACUUGGACUAGGGCAGACACUUCAAAUUACCUCUUCUCCUUGAUAUUCCUUCUCUCCCUCCCUCGCGCUGGCAACGGUUGGUUGAAUCGUCUAAAAACGCAAUAAAAUUCGAAUUAUUAAACAAGCUUGUUUUUUU